AUGGCCGAAGUUACUGAUAUUCCCAUGGACAAUGAAGUCGAAGUCGACGAGCAAGAGUACGACACCGACAAGAUCCGCUUGUUACCCGGCUCCUCUGACGACGGCACUGCGUCUUCCUUCCAGAUCAUCGACGAAGACCAUACUCUAGGCAAUGCCCUAAGGUAUAUAAUUAUGAAGAACCCAGAAGUUGAAUUCUGCGGUUACUCGAUUCCACACCCUUCAGAGAACAAGCUCAAUAUCAGAAUCCAGACGUACGGCAAUAUCACAGCCUUGGAAGCGUUGCACCAGGGAAUGGACAACUUGUCCGAGUUGUGUACACACAUCGAAGAGACCUUCACUGAGAAGGUGGAGGCCGGCGGCUAUGCGACAGAGGAGCCCUAA